AUGAACAAAGUAAGUUACUUUUUAACAAUCCUUGCGCUCCUCUGGAGCAAGGUAAUCCUUUUUGCAAAACAUCUGGUUAAAUUUGACCCUGUCAGAAAAGAUGAAGACGAAUUAUACAUAGACACACAGUACAACUGCGAAUACAGCGGUUUCAUUGAUUUAGAUAAAGACUUUUUUUUAUAUUAUUGUUUUUUUAUUGGAGAAGAAGAUCAUAAUGGGUUAAUAUUAAGAAAAUUUUUCCUUGAUGAAUUAGAAUGGGGAGUACCAUCUGAAGUUCUGCUUACAACAGAAAAAAUAAAUUAUUUUACAUUUAUAGAUGACUAUAUAAUGAACAAGUUAAUAUUAAUAUAUAGUUGCGACCAGAAUAUUAGAGUGACUGCAUUCAAUAACUAUAUUGACCCAUCUAUUCAUACAUAUAAGAUUAGCAUAAACUACGAUAUUCAAUAUAAAGCAAAUAUAAUUAGUAAGGUUACUUACUUUUAUAAAAACAGGAGAGCAUUAUUUAUUUGUGGAAUAAAUAAAAAUGAAAACAUUCUUUGUACCUUCUCUUUUGACUAUGGUUUAACAAUGAAAGAUGACAAUUCUAUUGAGUUCAUUUUAAAAAAAAGAAUUCCUUUAUGUCGUUAUAAGAUGUAUAUUAAAUUUAAGCAGGAUUCUGUUUAUUUUAACUUAUAUGAUGAAACUAAUGAAAGCAAUUUCUACGAGUUAAAGUGCAUUAAAGUUAACGAGCAUGAAUAUACUUGUGAUAUAGUAAAUAAAGUAAUAAAGGAAACUGAAACUACUAAGUAUAAAUACGUCUUUCGCAAUAAAAUAUUUCAAACGAUAGCUUUUCAAAAAGACAAUAUAUGUUACAUCGGAUGGUCCUUUAACUCUCUUGCUCUCAAUAACGAAAUAAACAAACAACUUUCAGAUGUACCCUGCUCAAGAGUAUCCUUAUUUCAGAGGGGUCAAAUGCUCCUAGUCACUUACAGGAAAAAGUACAACGAAAAAGACAAGGAUUUCUACUCCGUAUUUGAGAAUCUGAGCAUGAAGGGUACAGGGUGCGAGUUUAGGACCGGAGGGAGUCUGUACGUGAUGAAUACAUUUGUCAAUAACAUGUGCACAGUAAAUAUGAGUAAUAUUGAUGUAAAUCCUACAAAUAACGAAGAAGUGAGUUUCAGUAUUGUAACUCCAAGUAGAUUUAAAAUAGGAGAGGGGUGCUUCAUAUCAAAUGAAAUGUAUGAAAAUGACAAAACAUCUCUUUAUUACUUAGAGGAAGAAAAUGUAGAGGAAGAACAAGUAACCAUUUAUACUUUUUUUUUCUAUAGAUAUAUUUUAACAUAUGCUAAUUUUAAAGGUACUACUUGUGUAUUUGAAAGUGGGAAUAAUAAAGAAAAAUUAAAUAUAUCUUUAACAUUGGAAAAUUAUUAUAGAGAAUAUGAAUGUAAUAUUUCAUUAGACUUAUGCGACUUCUUUAUUUAUAAUAAAAGUAAAAUAAGAAUAUAUUUUAAUGAAAAUUGGAUAAUUGAUAAAGAGAUAUUAAAAUCUAAUAUACUUUAUAAUGAUAUUUAUGUAUCAUUAUAUUCUAUUCUUAGUCAAUCUAAUAUUAAUGAAUUUCUUCAAGUAGACGAUAAACAUUUAGUUUUAACAAUACCACAAAAUAUACCGAGUAGUAGAACAAUAAAAAUUGGAUUUACAAGAGUAGAGGAUAAUACUAUAAAAUAUGCCUAUAUACGAUUACAACGAAUAAUCACUCCUGUAAAGAAAGUGCUUGGAAUAAAUUUCUCUGACUUUUUCGACAUACAUUAUAAAUAUUAUAAAUAUUAUCAGGAGAAAACAAAAUUUUUAAUAAACGAAUUUGUUGAAACUACAUAUAUUGGUAUGAUAUGUCAAACAGAACAUGAGGUUACAUCUACUCCUUGUACUUUAACCUUAGUAGAUUCAUCAAAUAAAAAAAUUCAAAUACAUAAAAUUUUUCCAAAAUCGGUUCCAUUCUUAUAUUAUUAUUUAAACAAAAAAUUACCACAAAGUGAUAGUUAUAUUAAUGAAACUCGUUUUGUUGUAUUCAAAAAUAUUGGUAAUCUCUUAGAGGAAAAACAAAUAAAAUACAUCUAUUUUAGAUGCAUAUGUAAUACAAAAAAUUUUAAAAUAGAUACUACUAAUCAAAUUGAUUAUAUUAUUACUAAUGAUAAAGUUUCCCCAGACAUUAUUGAAUCCCAUGAUGUUAUUGAAUCUUCUAAUAAUUUAUUGUCUGAUGAUUCCAACAAUUUUAAAAAUUCCACAAACAAAGAACAGUCUGAGCCUAUCAAAACGAAAAAAGAAUUAUGGGAAUUAACAGGUAAGAAUUAUAAGGAUUUUAACAAAAAUCACUCCACAAGUGUAAUGCUAGACGUGUUUCUGCUCAUUGUCCUUUUGACCAUAAUACACUACGUCCCUCCCUUUGGGUAA